UUAGAAGCACAUUUGUCACGACAAUAAAAAUUGUUGGGUGAAAAAGGAAACCCUCCUUCACCGCCAUGAAAGCUUUAUUAAAAACUUUAAAGAAAGAAUAGAAUCGAACAAUUUUCUUUCUCACUCACUCUCAAGAUUACAAUCUCAUAUUCGGGAUUCCAAUUGUUUAAUCGCACUUAACAAAAAAAUAUAUAUUACCACCUUAUAUCUUCAGAGAAGCUGAAAACCUAGGGUUUGGUUUUGUUCGAGUCGAUUAAGGAAAAAUUAGGGCUUUUUCGAAUUGGGGAAAAAUUGUUGAUUAAGAUAUGAUAGAAAUUGGUGGAUCAAGUAGUGUUUGAUCGCCCCGCCAAAUAGGCGAGUGGCGAUUUAAUCUUGUAUUGAGUGAGUUUUUGUAUGGAAACGCGAAGUCGUAAGCGGGCGGAGGCCUCCUCAGCAGCCCCUUCAUCAUCAUCUCAACAACAACAGACAGCAACAACUCGUGCAAGUAAAAGAGCUAGAUUAUCAACAACAACAUCUUCGUCUUCAUCAGUUCCUCCUCCUCCUCCUUCUUCGAUCCCAACUCGUUCCCGCCAGAAUUCACGCUCUCGAGAUUCAUCAUCUGUAUCUGCUUCUGCUGCUGCUCCAAUGGAUUCAACCACUGAAUCAUCUGGUUCUGGCGCCCGCCGUGAACGGCGAGGAAAAAAUCAGGUUGUUGAGAGAGAAAAAGAUUCAGAUAAAGGGAAAGAGAAGGAGCCCGAAAUUAGGGUUAGAGAAAGAGAGAGGGAGAGAGAAAGAGAAAGGGAAAGGGAUGCAGAGAGGAGUUUAGGACUAAGUAUGGAUGGUGGGAUUGAUGAUGAUAAUGAUAGUGAUGGAGCUGUUGGAAUUUUACAUCAGAAUUUAACAUCAGCUAGUAGUGCCCUCCAAGGGUUAUUAAGAAAACUUGGUGCAGGAUUAGAUGAUCUAUUGCCUUCUUCUGGAAUGGCUACAUCUUCGUCGCAUCAGAAUGGAAGACUUAAAAAGAUUUUAUCUGGGUUAAGAGCAGACGGGGAAGAAGGAAAACAGGUUGAAGCACUAACCCAGUUAUGUGAAAUGCUAUCAAUUGGGACUGAAGAUUCACUUAGCACAUUUUCUGUUGAUUCAUUUGUGCCUAUUCUGGUUGGAUUACUUAACCAUGAAAGCAAUGCUGAUAUCAUGUUGCUUGCUGCUAGAGCACUUACUCAUUUAUGUGAUGUGCUCCCAUCGUCAUGUGCUGCUGUUGUUCAUUAUGGUGCAGUUUCAUGCUUCUGUGCUAGGCUUCUCACCAUUGAGUACAUGGACUUGGCAGAACAGUCGCUUCAAGCUCUCAAGAAGAUAUCCCAAGAACACCCAACUGCUUGUCUACGUGCUGGUGCACUCAUGGCCGUGUUAUCAUAUCUUGACUUUUUCUCCACAGGAGUACAGCGAGUAGCGUUAUCCACUGCUGCAAAUAUGUGUAAGAAACUCCCUUCGGAUGCGUCUGACUUUGUGAUGGAAGCUGUUCCUCUGCUUACAAACCUUCUCCAGUAUCACGAUUCAAAGGUUCUAGAACAUGCCUCUGUUUGCUUGACUAGGAUUGCAGAGGCGUUUGCAUCCUCUCCUGAUAAACUAGACGAACUCUGCAAUCAUGGUCUGGUUGCUCAAGCUGCAUCACUGAUUUCAAUCACUAAUUCUGGGGGUGGUCAAGCAUCCCUUAGUACGCCUACAUAUACGGGUUUAAUCCGACUCCUUUCGACCUGUGCAAGUGGCUCUCCUCUUGGAGCAAAGACACUGCUCCUUUUGGGUGUAAGUGGCACUCUCAAAGAUAUUUUGUCUGGAGCUGGCCUAGAUGCAAGAUUGUCUGUUUCACCUGCUUUAACCAGACCAGCAGAACAGAUUUUUGAGAUUGUGAACCUUUCCGACGAGCUUCUCCCACCACUGCCACGAGGAACGAUUUCUCUGCCAUCAUGCGCUCAUUUUUCACUCAAAGGAUCUAUUGGAAAGAAGACUCCUUCAGGCAGUUCUAGUAAACAAGAAGAGGUGAACGGGGCUGUUUCUGAGGUUUCAGCCCGUGAGAAGCUGUUGCGUGAGCAACCCGAGCUUCUGCAGCAAUUUGGAAUCGACCUCCUUCCAGUUCUCGUACAGAUCUAUGGUUCCAGUGUGAACGGUCCAGUUCGCCAUAAAUGUCUGUCAGUUAUAGGCAAACUGAUGUAUUUCAGCUCCGCAGAAAUGAUUCAGACUCUAAUAAGUGUAACAAAUAUAUCGAGUUUCUUAGCUGGUGUGCUCGCAUGGAAGGAUCCACAAGUUUUAGUUCCUGCCCUUCAGAUAGCUGAAAUUCUCAUGGAGAAACUUCCUGGGACCUUUUCAAAGAUGUUUGUUAGAGAAGGGGUGGUACAUGCUGUGGAGACUCUUAUAGUGUCUGAUUCAUCAAGCUCUGCUCUCCAGGCAUCUCCCGCUGAAAAGGAAUCUGAUUCUGUAGCUGGAUCAGCAACACGUUCUCGGCGUUAUAGACGGCGCGCUGCUGGCUCGAAUGCAGAAGGAAAUUCCUUGGAGGAAUCUAAGUCUUCUGCUCCCAUGAAUAUUGGCUCCCCCCCAGCUACUGUAGAAAUUCCAUCGGUUAAUUCUAGUCUUCGUGCAACAGUUAGUGCAAGAGCGAAAGACUUCAAGGAUAAAUAUUUUUCUGCUGACACAGGCACUGAAGUUGGUGUAACUGAUGACCUUUUACGCUUAAAGAAUCUUUGCAAGAAACUGAAUGGCCGUGUAGAUGAUCAAAAGUCUAAAGCAAAGGGUAAAUCAAAAGCUUCUGCUCUUCGCUUAUUAGAUGUUUCUGACGACAGCGAGGAGCAUUUGGUUGGUGUUAUGUCGGAGCUGCUAGCGGAGCUUAGUAAAGGAGAUGGUGUCUCCACAUUUGAGUUCAUCGGUAGUGGAGUAGUGGCAGCUCUACUCAAUUAUUUUUCUUGUGGAACCUUUUCUAAGGACAGAGCUUCAGAAGCAAAUUUGCUGAAGCUGCGCCAACAAGCUCUUAAAAGGUUCAAGUCAUUUGUAGCGGUUGCUCUUCCUACUGGUUUUCAUGAUGGGAGUGAGGUUCCAAUGGCUGUCCUUAUUCAGAAGCUUCAAAAUGCAUUAUCCUCCUUGGAGCGUUUUCCAGUUGUAUUGAGCCAUGCAUCUAGGUCAACUGGUGGUAAUGCACGCCUCUCCUCAGGGUUGAGUGCAUUAUGCCAGCCUUUUAAGCUGCGUCUUUGCAGAGCUCAAGGGGAGAAAUCUCUUCGUGAUUAUUCCUCAAAUAUUGUACUCAUUGACCCACUGGCAAGUUUAGCAGCUGUGGAGGAGUUUCUUUGGCCCAGGGUCCAACGUAGUGAACUCACACAUAAGGCUUCAGGGAAUACUGAUCCUACGGCAGCUACGGGAGCAGAUGUAUCAUCACCAUCUAACUCUACUCCAGCUUCAUCUGCACGUCGGCACUCAACAAGAUCCAGAUCAUCAGUGACCAUAGGAGGUUCAGCCAAGAAGGACCCUCCGCAGGAGGGAAAUGCAAGUUCUUCCAAAGGGAAAGGUAAAGCUGUUUUGAGAUCUUCCCCAGAUGAGCGAAGAGGACCCCAAACAAGAAAUGCUGGACGUAGAAGGGCAGCUACAGACAAAGAUGCACAACCGAAACGUGCUCAGGCAGACUUUAGUUCUGAGGACGAGGAGUUAGACAUCUCUCCCGUGGAGAUUGAUGACGCAUUGGUGAUUGAGGAGGAUGAUCUGUCUGAGGAUGAGGAUGACGACAAUGAAGAAGAGGUAUUGAGAGAUGAUUCUGUCCGCCUAUGCAUGGCUGAGAAGGUACACGAUGUGAAACUUGGAGAUUCAACCGAGGAUGCUUCUGCGACAAGGGAUAGUCAGACCACUCCUGCUGGUUCUAGUCAUAGGGCUUCCACUCUUAGAGGCAUGGAGUCGGGUGACUUCCGAAGUGGGGGGAGCUCUUUUGGCACAAAGGGUGCAAUGUCAUUCGCUGCAGCUGCUAUGGCUGGGCUUACCUCUGGUAGUGGAAGAGGAUUAAGAGGAGGUAGAGAUCGCCGUGGGCUUCCAGUAGGUGGUGCCUCUAAUGAUCCUCCUAAGUUAAUAUUUUCAGCUGGUGGCAAGCAGCUUAACAGGAAUCUGACAAUUUAUCAAGCUGUCCAGCGUCAACUUGUGCAUGAUGAAGAUGAGGAUGAUGAUGACAGGUCUAAUGGGUCAGACUUUUUAUCAAGUGAUGGGAACAGGCUCUGGAAUGACAUGUACACUAUUAUGUAUCAAAGGGCAGAAAGUCAAGCUGACAGAAUGUCUACAGGAGGGUCAUCUUCUUCUGCUACAACAAAAACGGUGAAGGCUGGUUCCACUUCUAACUCCAGUUCUGAGCCCUCAUGGCAGCAAAUCUCACUUCUUGACAGCAUAUUGCAAGGAGAGCUCCCUUGUGAUUUGGAGAGAUCAAACCCUACCUAUAACACACUAGCCUUGUUGCGUGUAUUGGAGGGUCUGAACCAGCUAGCAGCCCGUCUACGAGUACAAACGGUGUCUGAUAACUUCUCAGAGGGAAAGAUUUCCAGUCUAGAUGAACUAAGUACGACUGGCUCCACGGUUCCUUCCGCAGAAUUCAUCAAUAACAAGCUUACGCCCAAAUUGGCUCGGCAAAUCCAGGAUGCCUUAGCACUCUGCAGUGGUAGUCUUCCGUCAUGGUGUUAUCAGUUGACCAAAGCUUGUCCAUUCUUGUUUCCUUUCGAAACUAGGAGGCAGUAUUUUUAUUCAACAGCUUUCGGAUUAUCUCGUGCACUUCAUCGGCUCCAGCAGCAACAAGGUGCAGAUGGUAAUGGCUCAACGAAUGAAAGAGAGGUUCGGGUUGGGAGGUUACAACGACAAAAGGUCCGAGUCUCUAGGAAUCGCAUUUUGGAUUCUGCUGCAAAAGUUAUGGAGAUGUAUUCUAGCCAGAAGGCUGUGCUUGAAGUUGAAUACUUCGGAGAGGUUGGCACUGGGUUGGGUCCCACUCUUGAGUUUUACACCCUUUUAAGUCAUGACUUGCAAAAGGUCAGCCUUGGAAUGUGGAGGUCUUCGACAUCGUCAGAUAAACUUGCAAUGGAAGUUGAUUUAGAUGAAAAGAAAAGUAGAAGUGGCGAUCCUGGAGAUGCAAAGAAAAUUGAACAGGAUAAUGCUACUAAUGGAAGAGAUCUUGUACAAGCUCCUCUUGGGUUAUUUCCGCGCCCAUGGGCUCUGAAUUCAGAUGCUUCUGAUGGUAGUCAGUUUUCUAAAGUGAUCGACUAUUUUCGGCUGGUUGGACGAGUUAUGGCAAAAGCUCUUCAAGAUGGUCGACUUCUGGACCUGCCUUUGUCGACAGCGUUUUAUAAGCUGGUGCUUGGCCAAGAGCUUGAUUUGCAUGAUAUUCUAUCAUUCGAUAGCGACUUCGGGAAGAUUUUGCAAGAAUUACAAGUUCUUGUUUGCCGGAAACAACAUCUGGAAGAAGUAGGUAGUGACGGUGGUAUUGCAGUUACCGAUUUACGUUUCCGAGGAACACCGAUUGAAGAUUUGUGUCUGGAUUUUACUGUUCCUGGCUAUCCAGAGUACAUCUUAAAACCAGGGGAAGAAAAUGUGGAUAUUACUAACUUGGAAGAAUAUGUUUCCUUGGUGGUGGAUGCUACUGUGAAGACUGGAAUUAUGCGGCAAGUGGAAGCAUUUAGAGCAGGAUUUAAUCAGGUGUUUGACAUUUCAUCGCUGCAAAUAUUUUCUCCACAUGAACUAGAUUAUCUACUCUGUGGCCGUCGAGAAUUAUGGAAGGCUGAUACGCUUGUUGAUCAUAUAAAGUUCGACCACGGUUACACUGCCAAGAGCCCUGCCAUCGUUAAUUUGCUUGAAAUCAUGGGAGAAUUCACCUCAGAUCAACAGCGUGCCUUCUGUCAGUUCGUAACAGGAGCUCCCAGGCUUCCACCUGGUGGCCUGGCUGUUCUGAACCCCAAGCUAACUAUAGUGAGGAAGCUCUCUUCAACCGCUUCAAACACGACAUCAAAUGGAAAUGGUCCUUCAGAAUCAGCAGAUGAUGACUUGCCCAGUGUGAUGACUUGUGCUAAUUACCUCAAGCUUCCUCCAUAUUCAACGAAGGCAAUUAUGUAUACGAAACUGAUUUAUGCUAUCAGUGAGGGGCAGGGAUCAUUCGAUUUAUCCUGAGUAUUCAACAAGCCAAUUUCCAUUGGUUAGUAUAUAUUAUCAUAGUAUAUGCUCUAUAUCAACAAGCACUCAACGCAGUCAAAACUCCAACAUUCUGGAGAUUGCUUUCAUCAAUCGUGCUCGAGGAAAUGAUUCUCUUGCUGUCCCAUACUGAAGAAUGGUCAAGCUUCUUUUCUUCUUUCGGUUGGCUUUGUAAAUCCUUAAUUCAUCUAAACCAAUCAUAGCGAAUUCUUUCUGUUUCGUUUUUGGAUUCCCUUCACAAUUCUUGAAUAAUGUGUUAAAAGUUUCACAUUUUGUCAGAUAAGUAAAAGUUCAUAUUUUUCUGCCA